UGAUGUGAGGGAGAGAUCUGGCACGCUAUUUCUUUUCUUUCUUUUCUUUUUUUUUUUUUUUUUUUGGACAGGCAGAGUUAGACAGUGAGAGAGAGACAGAGAGAAAGGUCUUCCUUCCGUUGGUUCACCCACCAAAUGGCCGCUACGGCCGGCGCCCUGCACUGAUCCGAAGCCAGGAGCCAGGUGCCUCCUCCUGGUCUCCCAUGCAGGUGCAGGGCCCAAGCACUUGGGCCAUCCUCCACUGCACUCCCAGGCCACAACAGAGAGCUGGCCUGGAAGAGGAGCAACCAGGACAGAAUCCGGCACCCCGACUGGGACUAGAACCCGGUGUGCCAGCACUGCAGGCAGAGGAUUAGCCCAGUGAGCCGCGGCGCCGGCUUAUUAUCCGCUAUUUCUGAAAUCCUUCACUGGGAAUGUGCUUUGCACCUCGGAGGUUCAAAAACUGAAAAGACAUCAUCCCUACUCUCAGGAAUCCCCCAGUCCAGUGCAGCGAGACACAGAGGUAAACAGUUCAAAAGCAGAUUUAGGCCAGAGUGAGGGGGGCUGUGGGCAGGGACAGAGCCCGCUGGGAGGUACAAGGUAGACAGGGAAGAGGCCUGUGUGUCUCUUCCUUCUCCAUUUCUCCAAACGCCUCCUUGAAGCCUGCGACUUACAACCCUCUGCCUGCUUCCCGGUGCCUGCAUCAGUCACUCAACUGCUGCACCAGCCAACAGACUAAUGUUUCACUUGGAUAAGCUUUAAAAAAAUUCACUUGGAGAAAAAAAGGGUUUAUUAUUUUAAAAAUGAAGCAAAGUUAAUGGAUAAACUUUAAUAUGUCUGCCUGGUUCAUUGCCCGGCCCUCUGCCCAUCCCCCGCUGCCAAGAGGCCAAUAAAACUGUUGUGAGGAUGCGCACUGCACACAACAUUCGGAACUCCUAGGUCCGCGGGCUCCUACUUCCCAAGGAUCAUGCGACUCUUGCUGCUAGCCCUUCCUGUCCUUGCGUUUCUACCCCAGGUGAUCCCAGCCUAUGGUGGUGGAAAAAAAUGCUGGAACAAAUCAGGACGCUGCAGGAAACACUGCAAAGAUGGAGAAGUAGCACAAGAAAUAUGUAAAAAUCAUCGCACCUGCUGUGUCCCGGGCAACAAAGACUAUGAGCAAGAAGCCUUCCAUGAGCGAGUCACUAAGACGAGUAGCCCUAACCGCUUUGCUGCAUCCUCAGAUUUUGUAAAUUUCAUUGCAAUGGAUUUAAUUCCCACUACGGACUACCUGGACGUGGACAACAUGAACGAAGAGGAUGAAAUCCAAAGUCUCUAUCAAAGCUCGUGACUUCCUCCCGGCUGUGACUCACCCAUGUCCACAGCGCGAUGCGCUAAAUCCAGUAAAGCAACGAGAGCCCCUCCCCGUGCCCACCGAUGUGUAGUUCUAGAUACAAACAGCUACACAACUAGAAAGCAGAUCAAAAAUAUGUUAUUGUGAAAAUUUUAAAAAGUGAAAGGAAGGGGAAGGGAGGAAAGUAUCCCUGUAUUCUUAGAAUUGAAUCAAUGAACUACAUGUAGUCUGUUCUCUUUAUAUUAAUAAAAAUAUUUUUUAAAUAUUCUGCAUACGGAAGUCUAAAAUUUUCCCUGUUUCCAAUGACAAACUCUUCUGUGUUCUUUUUGAAAUAUCUAAUUCUUCCCAUGACAAGUGUUAACUGAUUUUUUUAAAAGAUUUAUUUAUUUAUUUGAAAGGCAGAGUUAUGGGGCAAGGGAGGAGGUGUAGAGAAACAGAGAGCCAGGAGCUUCUUGUGGGUUUCCCAGGUAGGUGCAGGGUCCCAAGCACUUGGGCCAUCCUCUGCUGCUUUCCCAGGCCAUUAGCAGGGAGCUAGACCAGAAGUGGACCAGGCAGGACUCAAACUGGAGCCCAUAUGGGAUGCCAGCACCACAGUUACACCACAGCGCUGGCCCUGUUCAUUCAUUUUUAAUGUCCCUUGUUUGCUGGUGACCUCUGCAGCCUUAAUCACUGUUAAGCAUUCCAACACUGAUGAGCCAUGGGUCCUUUUGACUUGCCAACAAGUGAUUUUGGGAUAACAGAGACAUCCCUUAUGUUAGGCCUGCCUUUUUUUUUUUUUUUUUUAAGAUUCAUUUAUUUGAAAGGCAGAGUUACAGAAAGAAGAGAGAGAGAGAGAGAGAGAGAGAUCUGCCAUCUGCUGGUUCACCUCCCAGAUGGCCACAAAGGUCAAGGCAAAGCCAGACCACAGGUCAUGGGUCUCCCGCAUGGCUGGCAGGGGCUCAUGCACCUGGGCCAUCUUCCGCUGCUUUCCCAGGUACAUUAGCAGGGAGCUGGAUUGGAAGCAGAGCAGCUGGGAUCUGAACCAGCAUCCAUAUGGGAUGCAGGCAUGGCAGGCAGCAGCUGUACCCACUACACUACAGCACUAGCCUCAGGCCUAACUCCUGAUAGCAGCACAAGCGGUCAAAAUCAAAACUCAUAAAUCCAGGGAGGUCACUUGGUUCUGGUUUAGAUGCUGAUUAAGACACCUGCAACCCAUAUGAGAGGACCUAGUUUCAAUGCCCAGUUCCAGCUGCAGGCUCCAGCUCCUGCUCCCAACUCCAGCUUCCUGAUAAUGCAAACCCUGGGAGGCGGCAGUGAUGGCUCAAAUACUUAGGUUCCUGCCACCCACAUGAGAGACCAACAUUGAGUUCCAGGCUCCUGGCUUUGGCCUGGCCCAACCCCAGCUGUUGCAGGCAUUUGGGCAACGAACAGCAGA